UUGACAGAUUCUUUCGAGAUGGAAGAAAUUGAAAAUAUUAUGGAUGAUUUAUCGUUCCAGAACAGAAAGUUAGAGGAAGAGUACAAGAUGACAGCUGUUCCGAGGGGCAUCUGCCUCAUCAUUAACAAUAAAAGCUUCAAGAAAGGCUUCCCGACGCGUCGAGGUGGUGUGGACAUCGACGUCGACAAUCUGACCGAGUUGUUCACUAAACUCCAGUUCACCAUAAACCUGCAGACAGAUUUAACUUCCGUCGAUAUGAUGAAAAAACUAAAAGAGUACGCCGAACAAGAUCACACAGAGUACGAUGCCUUCGUUUGUUGCAUCCUCACAAAUGGAACAGACUACGGUGUCGCUGGUAGCGAUGGUAAAAUAGUGAAAGUGCAAGAUCUUUCUUCGUUGUUCCACGCAUCAAAGUGCCCCACGUUGGCAGGGAAGCCCAAACUGUUCUUCAUCCAAGCAUCAAGAGGAGGCAAUUUCAUGAGUGAAUUAAUUCAGGAUGAUCAAUCCGAUAUUUCAACUGCUGACGAAGCUGAUAUCUUUAUUGGCCACAGCACCGUUCAGGGGUACACCAGUUCCAGAAAUACAAAGUACGGUAGUUAUUUCAUCGGUUCUUUGGUUAAAACGUUAGACAACCACAGUGAUCAGCAGGACCUCCUGAGCUGUCUAUUGAUGGUCAACAGGGACAUGUCAAGGACACGGAUGGGUCAGAAAUGGGAACGGUAUAAGCAGGUGCCCGCCCCGCUGUUUACUCUGACGAAGAAGGUGUACCUGACCAGUGAUCCUCAGUGGCCUUACCCCAGCCAGGUACCCACAGACCCUUGAUAGGAGAUGGAGAAAUCAUAAACUUCUUGAAGUUUUGUGGGAGUACAUACUUGUAUGGUCUAAGGACAAUAACAGACCUUCAGAAGAUGAGCAAAACCAGACCUCGGAUCCCUGAAAGAACUGCAAUGCACGGGUUAUUACUAGUGGUGUUCCGAUUAAUUGAAAUAAUCGAAGAUUGAUCGCAGUGACCAAAAGACCAAGCAAUCGAUCACAUUUUCUCA